AUGAGCGUAACCACCAUGGCGUGUCAACAAUCCAAUUCUACCCCAGAGUCUCCAGAGCGCCCCGAAUUAAACCAUGCACACACGUGCUCAGAUACGGAAGAUGGGGUUUUCUUAGCAAUAAUCGGAGUUACAGGCUUUGCCGUUUUCUUUGGGAACAUAUUCACGUGCGGUGUGUUUCUAUCCAAGCGGCAACUUCGCGAGAAUCACAUGAACACGUUCCUGAUUAGCCUGGCAGUCAGCGACAUACUGGUCUCAGUCCUGGUCAUUCCUGGACACACCACGCUCUGUACUGGCUGUUCUUCUGCGUAUGGUAACUUGGCAAGUCAGGCGAUCUGUAGUGUACUAGACGGAGUAAAGGAUUAUGUUCUCCUUGGCUCAAUCUUUAACCUGAUGGCUGUCACGUUUGACCGUUACCAAGCAGUGCUUCGUCCGUUGCGUUACAAGGACCUUAUCACGAGCAUGUCAGUGACCCUGAUACUGCUGACCGUUUGGUUAUUACCACUUCCGCUCUCGUUCGUAAAGCAGGUAACGUACUCCGUUAACCCACGCGCGCUGUCAGGAAACGCGCACCAUUUAUUUGACGUGGUCCUCGUCUCUGUAUUUAUACUGAUCCCUAUGUGCGUGGUUCUUAUCGUGAAUAUACUACUGACGAAUGCUAUAAGGGUACAGGCAGUGCGCAUACGUUCCCAUGACAACAGGGACUGGAGCGACUCGCAGUUGCAGUCAGUGAAGCAGACUGAGCCUAGGCCGAGCGUAAAAUGUGAGCUUCGCAUCCAGGAGAUCUCGAGUUCUAUCGAGAGAGAGACAGAGGCAACUGUUUACCCGAUGACCCCGCCUGUUGCAAACGCGUGUGGAAAGCUUCUUACUUGUACUAUUUGCAGCAGCGCCGAGAAGAAUAGCGACUCGGGAAUCGAGAUAAAGGAGGGAGGAGGAGAUAAUGAAAACAUACACCCAGUACCUAUUACGGAGAAAUCGGAUAGUAGCCGCGUUUUAGUGAGCACACAGACAAAUGAGGCUUCUGAUAUUGCACGCUUGGAUGCAAACGGUGGAGGCAUGCACGUCGCAAAUGAAAGAAAUAGUGAGGUACCAUAUGAGGAACGCGCAAAUACGGACAGUACGCAUGUGAAUCAAACAAAAGAGUCAAAUUUUUACAAGACAAAAUCACGGGAUUACAAAGGCCCGCGAAAAUUCGAGGUGAAGAAGAUGAGCUUGAAUGAGUACACUUCAGCUUUGUCUCAAGGAGGAAAACGAGGAACUGCACGUCGACGCAAGGACUCUAAGGCAAGGAGGGAGCGUAAUGGCACAGUUUCUUGCCUGAUAGUUGCGCUGGUGUUUAUAUUAUGCUGGACGCCUCGUGUCCUUUAUAACUUUCUAAAGUUGUUUAAUGAUGAGAUUGGGCAUAAUAGUUUGGUUGGCAAGCUCUCGAUGCUAUUGCUAUUCGUUCAGUCGGUUGUUAACCCUUUGGUAUACUCGACUUACAGAAGCGACUUUAGGCACGCAGCUAAGGAUCUACUCAGAAGCGCACUAAGACUCUUAAGACACGGCUGAAGACGGGUAGCUAAAGACUUUAUGACACGAGCGACAAAAGACAGGGAAGCUAAAGACCUUAUUACAAGGGUACUAAGACAGUAGCGACUGAAGACACGAAAGCUAAAGACCUUAUGACAAAGGUCCUAGGACUCUAGCGACUGAAGACAGGAAAGUUAAAGACCUUAUGACAAGGGUAUUAAGACACUAGCGACUCAUGACAUGAAAGCUAAAGACCUUAUGACACUAGCGACCGAAGACAGGAAAGCUUAAGAUCUUAUUACAAAGGUACUAAGACUCUAGCGACUGAAGACAGGAAAGCUAAAGACCUUAUGACAAGGGUACUAAGACACUAGCGACUGAAGACAGGAAAGCUAAAGACCUUAUGACAAAGGUCCUAAGACUCUAGCGACAAAUAGACAGGGAAGUUAAAGACCUUAUGACAAGGGUACUAAGACACUAGCGACUCAUGACAUGAAAGCUAAAGACCUUACGACAAGGGUACUAAGACACUAGUGACUGAAGACAGGAAAGCUAAAGACCUUAUGACAAAGGUCCUAAGACUCUAGCGACUGAAGACAGGAAAGCUAAAGACCUUAUUACAAGGGUACUAAGACUCUAGCGACUGAAGACAGGAAAGUUAAAGACCUUAUGACAAGGGUACUAAGACACUAGCGACUGAAGACAGGAAAGCUAAAGACCUUAUGACAAGGGUACUAAGACUCUAGCGACUGAAGACAGGAAAGCUAAAGACCUUAUGACAAGGGUACUAAGACUCUAGCGACGGAAGACAGGAAAGCUAAAGACCUUAUGACAAAGGUACUAAGACUCUAGCGACUGAAGACAGGAAAGCUAAAGACCUUAUGACAAGGGUACUAAGACUCUAGCGACGGAAGACAGGAAAGCUAAAGACCUUAUGACAAAGGUACUAAGACUCUAGCGACUGAAGACAGGAAAGCUAAAGACCUUAUGACAAAGGUACUAAGACACUAGCGACUGAAGACAGGAAAGUUAAAGACCUUAUGACAAAGGUCCUAAGACUCUAGCGACUGAAGACAGGAAAGCUAAAGACCUUAUGACAAGGGUACUAAGACUCUAGCGACUGAAGACAGGAAAGUUAAAGACCUUAUGACAAGGGUACUAAGACUCUAGCGACAAAUAGACAGGAAAGUUAAAGACCUUACGACAAAGGUACUAAGACACUAGCGACUGAAGACAGGGAAGCUAAAGACCUUAUGACACUAGCGACUGAAGACAGGAAAGCUAAAGACCUUAUGACAAGGGUACUAAGACACUAGCGACUGAAGACAGGAAAGUUAAAGACCUUAUGACAAGGGUAUUAAGACACUAGCGACUGAAGACAGGAAAGUUAAAGACCUUAUGACAAGGGUACUAAGACUCUAGCGACAAAUAGACAGGAAAGUUAAAGACCUUACGACAAAGGUACUAAGACACUAGCGACUGAAGACAGGGAAGCUAAAGACCUUAUGACACUAGCGACUGAAGACAGGAAAGCUAAAGACCUUAUGACAAGGGUACUAAGACACUAGCGACUGAAGACAGGGAAGUUAAAGACCUUAUGACUCUAGUGACUGAAGACAGGGAAGCUAAAGACCUUAUGACAAAGGUACUAAGACACUAGCGACUGAAGACAGGGAAGUUAAAGACCUUAUGACAAGGGUACUAAGACUCUAGCGACUGAAGACAGGGAAGUUAAAGACCUUAUGACAAGGGUACUAAGACACUAGCGACUCAUGACAUGAAAGCUAAAGACCUUAUGACAAGGGUACUAAGACUCUAGCGACUGAAGACAGGGAAGCUAAAGACCUUAUUACAAGGGUACUAAGACUCUAGCGACUGAAGACAGGGAAGCUAAAGACCUUAUGACAAAGGUAUUAAGACUCUAGCGACUGAAGACAGGAAAGUUAAAGACCUUAUGACAAAGGUCCUAAGACUCUAGCGACAAAUAGACAGGAAAGUUAAAGACCUUAUGACAAAGGUCCUAAGACUCUAGCGACAAAUAGACAGGAAAGUUAAAGACCUUACGACAAGGGUACUAAGACACUAGUGACUGAAGACAGGAAAGCUAAAGACCUUAUUACAAAGGUACUAAGACACUAGUGACUGAAGACAGGAAAGACCUUAUGACAAGGGUACUAAGACUCUAGCGACUGAAGACAGGAAAGUUAAAGACCUUAUGACAAAGGUAUUAAGACUCUAGCGACUGAAGACAGGAAAGUUAAAGACCUUAUGACAAAGGUACUAAGACUCUAGCGACUGAAGACAGGAAAGCUAAAGACCUUAUGACAAAGGUACUAAGACACUAGCGACUGAAGACAGGAAAGUUAAAGACCUUAUGACAAGGGUAUUAAGACACUAGCGACAAAUAGACAGGAAAGCUAAAGACCUUAUGACAAAGGUACUAAGACACUAGCGACUGAAGACAGGGAAGCUAAAGACCUUAUGACAAAGGUACUAAGACUCUAGCGACUGAAGACACGAAAGCUAAAGACCUUAUUACAAGGGUACUAAGACUCUAGCGACUGAAGACAGGAAAGUUAAAGACCUUAUGACAAGGGUACUAAGACACUAGCGACUGAAGACAGGAAAGCUAAAGACCUUAUGACAAGGGUACUAAGACUCUAGCGACUGAAGACAGGAGAGCUAAAGACCUUAUGACAAGGGUACUAAGACUCUAGCGACUGAAGACAGGAAAGUUAAAGACCUUAUGACAAAGGUAUUAAGACUCUAGCGACUGAAGACAGGAAAGUUAAAGACCUUAUGACAAAGGUACUAAGACUCUAGCGACUGAAGACAGGAAAGCUAAAGACCUUAUGACAAGGGUACUAAGACUCUAGCGACGGAAGACAGGAAAGCUAAAGACCUUAUGACAAAGGUACUAAGACUCUAGCGACUGAAGACAUGAAAGCUAAAGACCUUAUGACACUAGCGACUGAAGACAGGAAAGCUAAAGACCUUAUGACAAAGGUACUAAAACACUAGCGACUGAAGACAUGAAAGCUAAAGACCUUAUGACACUAGCGACUUAAGACAGGAAAGCUAAAGACCUUAUGACAAAGGUCCUAAGACUCUAGCGACUGAAGACAGGAAAGUUAAAGACCUUAUGACAAGGGUACUAAGACUCUAGCGACUGAAGACAGGAAAGCUUAAGAUCUUAUUACAAGGGUACUAAGACACUAGCGACUGAAGACAGGAAAGCUAAAGACCUUAUGACAAAGGUACUAAGACUCUAGCGACUGAAGACAGGGAAGCUAAAGACCUUAUGACAAGGGUACUAAGACACUAGCGACUGAAGACAGGAAAGCUAAAGACCUUAUGACAAAGGUACUAAAACACUAGCGACUGAAGACAUGAAAGCUAAAGACCUUAUGACACUAGCGACUUAAGACAGGAAAGCUAAAGACCUUAUGACAAAGGUCCUAAGACUCUAGCGAUUGAAGACAGGAAAGUUAAAGACCUUAUGACAAAGGUACUAAGACUCUAGCGACUGAAGACAGGAAAGCUAAAGACCUUAUGACAAGGGUACUAAGACUCUAGCGACGGAAGACAGGAAAGCUAAAGACCUUAUGACAAAGGUACUAAGACUCUAGCGACUGAAGACAUGAAAGCUAAAGACCUUAUGACACUAGCGACUGAAGACAGGAAAGCUAAAGACCUUAUGACAAAGGUACUAAAACACUAGCGACUGAAGACAUGAAAGCUAAAGACCUUAUGACACUAGCGACUUAAGACAGGAAAGCUAAAGACCUUAUGACAAAGGUCCUAAGACUCUAGCGACUGAAGACAGGAAAGUUAAAGACCUUAUGACAAGGGUACUAAGACUCUAGCGACUGAAGACAGGAAAGCUUAAGAUCUUAUUACAAGGGUACUAAGACUCUAGCAACAAAUAGACAGGGAAGCUAAAGACCUUAUGACAAAGGUACUAAGACACUAGCGACUGAAGACAGGAAAGCUAAAGACCUUAUGACAAAGGUACUAAGACUCUAGCGACUGAAGACAGGAAAGUUAAAGACCUUAUGACAAGGGUACUAAGACACUAGCGACUCGUCACAUGAGAGCUAAAUAAGACCUUAUGACACUAGUGACUCAAGACAGGAAAGCUAAAUACCUUUUGACAAGUGUACUAAGAAACUAGAAACUCAAGACAUGCUAACGACCUGACGUCAUAAGAACACACAAGACAUAUUAGCGACUUUAUAUAGUCAGCUGAAGAUCUUACGUCAUAAGGACAAUAAGACACUACCGACUUUAUAUAGGCAGCUCAAGACCUUACGUCAUUAGGAAACUAAGACGUUAGCAACUUUAUAGGCAGCUAGAGACCCUACUUCAUAAGGACACUACGACACUAGCGAUUUUAUAGGUAACCGAAGAUCUUACGUUAUAAGUGUACUAAGACGUUAGCGACUUUAUAGACAGCUAAAGACCCCUUACGUCAGGCAGCUAAAGACCUUAUAAUACAGAGUCGAACAGCAAUAGCAAUUCAAGGAAGGCAUCUUAUUAGUGAUUACUAUAGUUUUGGCCUUAGAAGGCUUUUACCUUUGUUAUAAAAGUUAUAUCUGCAACAAGGAACUUGUAGCUACAC